CGAAACUCAACUGCUAAACCCGCCGCUCCCGCUCUUCGGAAUCGCAUCUCGAGACCCGCGAAGCGUCUCAGCUCGGCCCUCAUCCUUCCCGCAGCGGCGGCGGCCCGGGACCCGCGGGCUGUGGACCAUGUACACCCGCAGUGGGGUGCAGGGCUCCGGGUUCGGAGCCCCCGCCGCCUCCCGCCCGGCCCGGGACCCCGCUGCGUGGCGCGGGGAGCUGGGCCCGCCGCAGGGCCCCAGGCGGGGUUUGGAGGAGGCUCCCGAGAGCCCUUCGCGGGAGAGCCCGGAGCACGCGGGCCGGAGGUUCACAGGUGCAUAUACCUUGAUAGCACCAAAUGAAAAACGAAGAAAUGAAAUGCAACGGAUGGCUGCAAAAGAGCUGGAGGACCUGAAGAGGUGGAAGGAGCAACAAAGGACGAAGCCCAUUAACCUGGCACCCAUGCAGCUAGGUGGAAACCAGUCAGAGGUUGAAGUCAGGCAGAGACAACAACUUCAACUGAUACAAUCUAAAUACCAGAAAAAGCUUAAAAGAGAAGAAUAUAUAAGAAUCAAGAGGGAAGCUGAAGAAGCCGAAAUCCAAAAAAUGAAGGCAGUUCAGAGACAAAAGAGCAAUAAACUAGAGGAGAAAGAGAGACUUCAAGAAAACCUCAGAAGAGAAGCUUUUAGAGAACAUCAGCAAUGCAAAACUGCUGAGUUCUUGAGAAGAUUCGACACACAGUCGCCACACAGAGGUACCCGUCCAGUGGCUGUUUGUGACCCACAAUCUUCAGCUUGGGCCAGAAGACAGGCUUAUAUGGAUUCUAUAAGGGAAGGAACUAAAAAAUUGCAAAAGAUGAAGGACGAACAUAGCCAGAAGAGUGAAUUACUGGAAUUUAAACGAGAGCAAGAGGAGGAAGAAAGAGCCAAAAUCCACCAGGCUGAACACAGGAGGGUAAAUAAUGCUUUUCUGGACCGACUCCAAGGUGAAAGUCAACCAGGUGGCCUCCAGCACUUUGGAGGCUAUUGGAAUAUGAAUAGUGGUAACAGCUGGGAUAUAUGAGAAAUAUUUUGCUUACAACUGGCCUUUGUCAACUGACCUUGAAAAACCACACGAGAUGUUUUUCCUUCUUGCAGUUUUGUUCAGCCUGUUUUUACCUUGCCUUCAACUGCCCACCCACUCAGCUGAGCAGCUGGGGAUGACUGGUUUCUCCCUGUCAUUAUUUAUGCAUGUUUGUAGGAGCUGAUUACUGAACUCAUAUUUAAUCUCUACUGCCAGUGAAAUGCUGCAUUAUUUUUCUAAUUGGUUUCACCUCGUAUUGGAAGUAUAAUUAUAGACGUGUUAGUAAGAUAGAAAAGGAGGGAAUCAUUUGAUGCUUUCAGGUUAGUGAGAGCUGUGGGUGCUGCAUGCCUGUCUCUCUAAACAGCUAAUUCUUAUCUAAUUCUCAGAUCAGGUUUGGGGAAGCUUUGGCACCUUUAGAUUUGAAUCCCUGCUUUCUUAAUUCAGGGCACAAAUGUGAGCAAAAGAAAAAAAUAAAUCUUUUAUAUGCUUUUAAACAAAUUUAUAAAUAAAAUUUGAACUGCUUCUGUGUAAA